AUGACCACUCUUGCAGGUGAAUUUGCUAUGAAAGAUUUGGGACCCUUAUCUUAUUUUUUGGGCAUCUCGGUCACUAGAACAGGGAACACGCUUUUCUUAUCUCAACAUGCCUAUGCAAAAGACAUAAUUCAUCGUGCAGGUAUGGACUCAUGUAAACCUGCUGCCACUCCGGUCGACACACAGCCUAAAUUAGGCAGUGAACCAGACUCAUUACUUGAAGAUUCUACUACCUAUCGAAGCCUUGCAGGUGCAUUACAGUAUCUCACUUUCACGAGACCCGACAUCGCUUAUGCUAUCCAACAGAUAUGUAUGCACAUGCAUUCUCCUUGUGUGGCCCACUGGAAUGCUCUUAAGCGUAUUAUCCGGUAUUUACAGGGCACUUCUGAGUAUGGUCUUCAUCUUCACUCUUCUGCGACACUCUCUAUACGAGCCUAUACCGAUGCUGACUGGGCUGGUUGUCCUGACACUCGCCGGUCCACAUUCGGGUAUUGUGUCUACCUCGGUGAUAACCUGAUCUCAUGGUCUUCUAAGAGACAAUCUACUAUUUCCCGUUCUAGUGCCGAAGCUGAAUACCGAGGGGUUGCAAACGUCGUUGCGGAGAUAUGUUGGUUACGUAAUUUUCUUCUUGAGCUACAUCGUCCCUUGCACAAAGCUUCUCUCGUAUAUUGUGACAAUGUAAGUGUUAUCUUCUUAUCAGGAAAUCCGGUUCAGCACCAACGAACCAAGCAUAUCGAGCUCGACAUUCACUUUGUCCGAGAACAUGUUCAAAAAGGCCUGGUUCGUAUCCUUCACAUGCCUUCUCACUUUCAGAUUGCCGACAUCUUCACAAAGGGUCUUCCUCGGGUACUCUUCGACGAUUUUAGCUCCAGUCUAAGCAUACGAUGGCCUCCCGCUUCGACUGCGGGGGUGUAA